AUGGCCGACCAAGGGGUGGGCCAAAUCUGGACGUUUCCGACGGACAUAUCACAGUUUGACGACGAUGAGCGCAUCUCGUAUUCACGGCUCGACCGCAAGUACAUUGCCGUGCAGGACGAUGGCACUGAGUUUGAGUUUGACCAGUCACUGAGGCGUUGGAUCCCGCUUGCGGACAACGACGACGCGGACGAGGGCAGCGCCAUCGAUGCUUUUGCUGCCGCGCAUCAACAAGAAAGCAGUGCCUCGGAGAGCAGGAAACGGAAGCCGGACCACUCCUACUACAAUAGCGAGACAUACAAAAAACAAGAACACGCGAUCGGAGAUUUCACCGUCCCGGGCGAAAAACUGACCACUUUUGCUCUCCUCUUCCGUCUUGGCUUCUGCCUCGACUUUGUUUUAUUGUAUGCUCCUUGUUUCCCUCAUGUUCAGCCACGAGAUACAAGUCAGAACCAAGACCGGCAUCCAAACGGCCGUCGAGGAGGUCACAAUGGCAACAACAGCAACAACAACGACAACGACACUACCACGGGCAGCAGCAACAAGCGUGCCAAGGCACAGGCUGGCCCACGCCAACCGAAACAAAAUACCGCCGUCUACGUCACCGGACUGCCCUCCGAUGCCACGGCCGACGAGGUGGCCGAGCUGUUUUCGCGCAAGUGCGGCGUGAUCGCCGAAGAGAUCGACUCGGGCCGGCCGCGCAUCAAGAUGUACACAAACAGCGACGGCUCCUUCAAGGGCGACGCGCUCAUUGUCUUUUUCAAGCCGCAGAGCGUCGACAUGGCCAUUAUGCUGUUGGACGACACAGACUUCCGCUUUGCGCCCACGCCGGGCAGCGCAGACGCCGGACGCAUGCACGUGCAGGCGGCCGACUCGAGCUACAAGAAGACCAACUACCAGCAGCAGAGCGAGUCCAGCACGCCGGCUGAGGGCGGAACCCCAGGCGACGGGGCGGCGUCGGCAGCGGCGUCGGCAGUGGCGACGGACGGUGGUGGACAGCCGGGAUCGUCUGCGUCUGCGCCGACGGGUGGCAGCGGGAAAAACGCCCACCAGGACAAGCAAAAGAUUAUUAAAAAGACGCAGAAGCUGGACGCCAAGCUGGCCGACUGGAGCAGCGACGAGGACGAGCGGUUUGCAGGCCUGACGGGCGGCGGCGGCGGCAACAACAACGGCAGCAGCCGCAACCGCAAAUGGGACAAGGUCGUCGUCCUCAAGCACAUGUUUACGCUGGCCGAGCUCGACGAGGACCCGGCCGCGCUGCUCGACAUAAAGGAGGACAUCCGCGAGGAGUGCAGCAAGCUGGGCGACGUGACCAAUGUGGUGCUCUUUGACCAGGAAGCCGCCGGCGUGGUGAGCGUCAAAUUCAAAACGGCCGAAGCGGCGGCGGCCUGCGUGCGGCUGAUGGGUGGGCGGGCGUUUGACGGGCGCAUUGUGGAGGCGACGCUGGCGACGGGGCGGGAAAAGUACCGCAAGUCGAAAAAGGGCGACGACGACGAGGGCAAGGGCAGCAGCGACGAGGAGGACGAUUGA